AUGUUUGUGAUUAAUGAACCCCAGAAGCUGCAAAUUCUGUAUGAAUCUUUGGAAAAGAGCAUCCCUGAGUCCUUUAAGGUGUAUGGUGCCAUUUUCAACAUUAUAAAUAAAAACCCAUUCAACCUGGAGGUGUUAGUGGAUGCCUGGCCAGAUUAUCAGAUAGUCAUUACUCGGCCUAAGAAAGAGGAGAUGAAAGAUGAUCUGGAUCAUUAUACCAAUACUUACCACAUCUUCACCAAAGCUCCUGACAACUUAGAAGAAGUCCUGGCAUGCUCCCAGGUUAUCAACUGGGAACAAGCCUUCCAGAUCCAAGGUUGCCAAGAGGAUCUGAAUGAGGCAAUAAGAAAGGUUUCAGCUUCAAAAUCAGUGCAGGUGGAUUACACGAGGACCAUGCUCUUCUCAUUAGAAACACCACUGGAACUCAAGAUAUCAACUGAUGGCAAAGAGGAUUUGACACAGAUGUUUAAAUUAUCCAAAGUUGAUGAAGCUAGCAGGGAAGAAAACUUUUCAAGCAUCUUCUUGGAUACCUCACAUGCAAGGCUUGUGAAUGAGCCGUGGGACUUUGGAAAAAAUGAAAGGAGCUUGAAAUAUGUUGAACGCUGCCUCCAGAAUUUCCCAGCAUUUGGUGUGCUGGGUCCAGAGGGGCUCCCUGUCUCUUGGAUUGUGAUGGAACAGUCCUGUGAGCUGAGGAUGGGCUAUACGGUCCCUAAAUAUCGACAACAAGGCAACAUGUGGCUAAUUUAUCAUCACUUGAGAGAGUAUCUUAUUCAGAAAAAAAUACCAUUUUAUUUUCAUAUGGCAGAAAGUAAAGAAAUUUUUGUACAGAAACUGAUAAGUUUUGGAUUUAAGAGCUAUCCUUGUGGCUGGCAUCAGUGGAAAUGCAACCCCAAGAAAUAUUGCUGA